CUGAGCAAAAAUAAUAACUGUAUUAUACUCACCACUCUCUUGCUUUAUUUCUUUAUUCAGACUAACUUCUGUUUUAUUUUGAAGGGAAAUUAUUUUCCUGUGCAGAGUUUCAGUUUCAUUUCUGCAUCAUCCAGACCAUAAGCACUCAGGCACACAUCCUGUUCAAACUUGACAUCCGUCAGUCUAGAAGAGAGAGAAGGAGAUAUAAACAGUGAAUAAACAUCAAAAGUUCACUGAGUAUCCUCUGCAGACAUUAGCCAACCAGCUGUCCACUAUGAACUCACUGCUAACCAGGAGCCAGCAGACAUCAAUCUGCUCUCAGCUGGGAAGAGUCAAACUACAGCUGCUGUAUAAGGCCAGCAUCCAUGGUUUCACCGGAGCUGCCUUCCACCAGCGAUGUGACAACCGCGGCCCCACAGUGUCUGUGGGAUAUAACACCUCCGGUUACGUGUUUGGAGGCUACACCAAGCAGCCUUUCAGUCAGUCUGGUCAGUACGUGCACGAUGACCAGGCCUUUCUCUUCACCUUUAGUGGAGAAAAGAUUCUCAAAUAUCCAGUCACUGGCCCUGGUAAUGCAGUGAGAAUGGUAGCUAACUCUGGUCCAUAUUUUGGAGAAGCACUGAUUCUUGUCACUGGAAGCCAAGCAGCAGUGACUUGUAAUCCAGGAAAUUAUUACAACUUCAAUGCAGCAGAAAUGCAUGGCAAUGACCUGAAACUGACUGAGUGUGAAGUCUAUCAAGUGGAAGAAACCACAGAGCUUGAGAGGCCAUGGAGGAAUAUAAUCUGGGAAUCUGAGAAGAGGAAGGAGCUGAUCGACAGUAUUAAGAGCUACAAACCCAUAGUCGGCUCUGUGUCCCAGGUUCGGGUUCUGCUCAUUGGACCAAUCGGAGCAGGAAAGUCCAGCUUCUUCAAUUCUGUCAACUCUGUAUUUAGAGGCCACGUUACGAGCCAGGCCAUUGCUGGCUGCUCUACAACCAGCCUCACCACACAGUUUCGCAGCUACUCUUUGAAAGAUGGGCGAGAAGGAAAACCUCUGCCAAUCAUCUUGUGUGACACCAUGGGAUUGGAGGAAAGCACAGGAGCAGGGGCUGAUCUAGAUGACAUCUGCAGUAUCCUUAAAGGACAUUUGCCAGACUGUUAUCAGUUCAACCCCUCUGCUCCGCUCCAUUCGGAGGCCCACGGCUAUCGUAAGUCUCCAAGGCUCAAGGACAAGGUCCACUGUGUGGCCUAUGUCAUUGAUGCCUGCAAGAUUUCCAUCAUGCCCACAAAGCUGGAGGAGAAGCUGGAUGCUAUCCGCAGAAAGGUCAACUUAAUGGGCGUUCCUCAGCUGGUCCUGCUCACUAAAACUGAUGAAGCCUGCCCUUUGGUGAAUGAGGAUGUGAGAAACGUUUAUAAGAGUGGCUACAUUAAGGAGAUGAUGCAGGAGGUCAGUGCUCGGCUUGGAGUGCCAUUGUCCUGUGUUGUUCCCGUGAAGAACUACAGCGAGGAGCUGGAGUUGGACAUGAACUGCGACAUCCUGCUGCUCAGCGCCAUCAUCCAAAUGCUUCGCUUCGCUGAUAAUUUCUUUGAUGAGAUCAGUGACCGAUUCAGCAACACUGAGAGUAAAGAAUAGGAAGUAUUUGUGCAGUAGAAACAAUAACCUGAGCAACUGGAAUGAAACAUCCCUCACACUGAUCCAAUCAUUUACUAACAGUUGAUCCUACCCAGUUUGAUUUUGUACCUCAGCUGCAAAAUGUCCAAUUUUCUUUGUUAUUUGGAUGUAAAUUCUGUGUAUCAGUAGAAAGUUGUUACAGUAUAAAUGUUUUCAUCUUUACAUUAUCAGUAUAAAGACUGCAAUUUAUUGCCAUUCAUACAUUAUAAGUUUUAUUAUAUUGCUGGCUUAUGUAGUGGGACAUUUCAAGUUAGCCGGUUUGGUCAACUGACACAUUAUCUGAUAUUUCUGUUAUCAUAAAUAUGAACAUUUAUUCUUUACUGUGUUAAGACAUUUUUAACUUUUGCAUCUUCAUCUUUUUGCUCUUUCUUGUGUUUGAGGCUGCAGUCACAGUCAGAGGGGCAAUUUAUCAGAGCUCAUCUGCUUCACCUCCUCAAGCCUGAUUUUCAUGCCAAGCGAAGAGUGAUGAUAUUUGGACUUCUGUGGCUUAGACUUUGUUUCAGCCCUCCUUGCAAGUUAAGAAUUUGUAUUCAUGCAUACAAAUGACUAAUUUGUGCACAAAACUAAUCUCUCUCUCUUUUUCUCUCUUAAGAUUUCUAGUAAUGCGCUUUAUCCGCUGCAGCAUUUGAUGUAUUUUUUCUUGUCAGGAAAACUUCCCAGUUUGUUGAGCUGGCAGAUAAACUCAUGUUUAUUGUUAUGUUGCAUGCUAUGUUGCCGUGGAGUAUUUUUGGAAAGUUAAAACAUUUUAAAUGUAUUUGUUUAAAAGAGAAAAUACAUUUCUGAAUUCCUGUUCAAAACCCUUAUUGUCCGUAAAAUGAAUAUUUCCAGUUAAUAUUUCUUCAGUAUAAAUAUUUGUAACACAGAUAUGACAGACGUGACAGAUUGUGAGAUGAACGAUGCGUGAUGGUGAAGAAGGAAAACGUCCCUCUCAUUCAACGAUAUUCAGCCAAUCAGAUGGCUGAAUAUAAAACUAAAUUUAAACUGAAGGCAUAUCAUUGUAGGUAAUGAAGUGGUCCAAAUCUUGAUUUAUAAUUUAUGAUUUAUGAUAUGAUCUUGAUUUUAAAACAAAUAACCUAUGGACUGCACACGUUACAUUUAAUAUACUGUACAUUCUUUUCCUAUAAUAUCCGGGUGACAGAGAAACGAAAGUUAAAAUUUAUCGACCUUAUCAAGGCACCUGAACUGUAGCCUAUCUCUAACUUCCAGUGAUCCUUCAAAAUAAAACAACUAUUCAGCCAUUCAACUAUUCAAGGGGGAAGAUGAGUAGUACAAGUACAAUGAAGUAAGGACACUCCUGAAUGAGUGAAUAAAAAGGUCAGGCUCAGGUAAGAUGAAGGCCUGCAAAAUCAGUCAAUCAAGUUCAAUAAAUUGCUUCAUGAACAAGACGGGUAACAAUUAGUUCUUGUAUAAGGUUUAAGAGUCUUGUCAUCAUGUUAAACCCCCAUGCCUACAAAUGUCACUUCUUUAGAUUUAAUUUAACUCAUUUAUUCUGAAGGCAGUAUCCUUGUACCGGUCUUGUUCAGAAAAGUCAGUGUCUGUUGCAUCAAGUAACAAUAGCCAACACACAGUGCUCAUCCUCAUCCACCUGGAAAGUGAUUAGGCUUCUUUUGCCUGAACUUUUUUAAUUGAAGAGGUAAAAUGAUCAUUUUUAAUACUUAAAAUGUUGAGAAGUAGUUCCUGUUAGUUAUAGGACUGAUAUGUCGAUUGGAAAAGCUAAUGUUUAAUUUAAAUGUUGUAUGACUGGGUCUGUGUCUAUGACUGAUGGCUAUUUGGCAGUCAAGCUUUACUUUUGCAUUCUUUUUUAUUAAAAAUAAUUUUAUUUUUUGCUUAAUGCGGGUGCAAAACACAUUAUAAGUACU